AUGCCAAAAGCCAGUCGCCCAGCCGUCACUUUUGGAGCGACUACUACAGCGAACUCCAGGAAAAUGGUUAAAGUCCUCAUUAAACGCACACCCAGAAAAGGCAGUGCAGCCACUUCGCCAGAUUCAUCUACAACACCGCAACCGCCACGCAAGUACCCAUGGGAUUCUCAUCAAGAUGAUGUAGUCGUGAACAGCGUCGAAACUCCGAAUAAGACAGGACGACUCACUGGUGUAGAGCAUUACCUCCAACAGCUCUCUCUAAAGAAAGACUACAAGGACAUCUGCACAGAUUUCGACGAGUACCGUCGCAACGGGCUGAGAGAGACUGAUGCAUGGGACCCUAGUGAUGAGCAGCCAGACGAAGUUGAGCAAGAGCGAUGCAAGCAUCGCACUGACUACUCAUCCACACGUAUCCCACGGCCACCGCCAGUGUAUACCGAUUACGAACACCAAAUCUAUACGUGCACGACAACCAACCCCGCGAUCUGUCUCGCUAUAGCACGCAUCGCCCAGCACAACCUCCCCAGCAUAAACUUCCAGUCGGCGAUCAACCACUUGCCCAACCUUCCCCCCAUGGGGCGGCUUCCCAAGCUACAACUCGGCGUUUUGGCAGAAGAUAUAUCCCACGAUCAGGGUGAGGACAAUGAAGAUGUCGUCACCGUACUCUUCUUACCGCGGUUCCAUCACGACGGCAGACACGCACUGGGAUACUACACUGCCGAUCCACCAACAAGCAACUCCGCACAGGACUCUUGGAGGGCAUGCAUGAAAGAUGUGCGACAGAUGCUAUUCACACCGUGUAAGCUCGAGGACCUGGAGGCGUACGGGUUGAUUAGGUAUGCGGCCGUUUCCAGAGCCCAAGACGGCAUCGAGGCGGGCGAUGCAUCUGUGCAGAGUAUUGGCGCAAGAGGAGGUCGAUGGCUUCAGUACGAUAGCGUGGAGGAUUGGGAUGAGCGGAGGGCGGCGUUUCAUAUCGUGGAGGCGCUUUGGGAUAAGCGGAUGGGGGUGACGACGGGGUUGGAAGAGUCGUCUCUCUAA